CUGUUCAUCAGAGAAACCUGAAAAAGUUCUACUCAGUUGUUUUCAACAUAAUAAUAACAAAAAAUGUUUUUGAGCAGCAAAUCAGAAUAUUAGAAUGAUUUCCGAAAGAUCAAGCGACUGGAGUAAUGAUGCUAAAAAUUCAGCUUUGAAAUCACAAAAAUAAAUACCAUUUUAAAACACAUUCAAAUAGAAAAUGUUAUUUUAAAUAGUAAAAAUAUUUCACAAUUUUGCUGUUUUUGCUGUCUUUGGAUCAAACAAAUGCAAACUUGGUGAGCAGAAGAGAAAUCUUACUGUUCAAAAACUUUUGACAGCUCAGUUAACAUGAGCUCAUAACAGCUGUGUGCAUAAAAACUCAUGAAGAAUGCAACGUAUCAUGUCACAUUGGAAGAGAUGUCAACUUUCCACGAGUAUUUAGUGUCUAGUACCCAUACAAACUCAACUACCCGCAUGUAAAUGUCUAAUACUUAAGCAGUUUGAGAGCCUGAUGGCUCAGUAUAGAUGCUGAUUGUAUGUUUUUCUUCUUUUUCUGGAAUAUGGGCUGGUCGUGCGCGGAUACGGAUGUGCAUCUGGACCGGGUCUGUGCCGCCGCCGCUGGUGUAACUGGCCAUGACGACGGAUCCAGGCUCAGAAUCGGACCCGCCGCAGACAGACGACACACAGCGACCGGCGUCAGGACAGGACGGCCCACACACACGGCAGCAGGGUCAAUCAGAGGUCAGAUCAGCUCAUCAGCAGCACGAGGACGACUACAUUUCCCAGAAGUCUUUGAGCAGCAGACUCUCCUGGUCAGCGUUAGGCAGGACUCACCGACUGAGGGUCAUGGAGUGUAAGGUCAAACUGCUGGACGGCACCGACUACACCUGCACCGUGGAGAAAAGAGCAAAAGGUCAGGCUCUGUUCGAUAAGGUUUGCGACCACCUGAAUCUCCUGGAGAAGGACUAUUUUGGCGUUACGUACCGGGAUGCUGAAAACCAAAAGAGCUGGCUGGACUGCUCCAAAGAGAUGAAGAAGCAGAUCAGCACUGGUCCCUGGAACUUUGCCUUCAACGUGAAGUUUUAUCCUCCCGAUCCAGCGCAGCUCUCCGAGGACAUCACCAGGUAUUACCUGUGCCUGCAGCUGAGGGAUGACGUUGUUUCUGGACGUUUGCCGUGUUCUUUCGCCACACACACGGUUUUGGGCUCCUACACGGUCCAGUCGGAGCUGGGCGACUAUGACGCUGACCUGCAGGGAUCCAGUUAUAUCAGCGACAUGCGUUUGGCCCCGAACCAGACCAAAGAGCUGGAGGAGAAGGUCCUGGAGCUUCACCGCAGCUACAAAGGAAUGACUCCUGCUGAAGCUGACAUGCUGUUCCUGGAAAACGCAAAGAAACUCUCCAUGUAUGGAGUCGACCUGCAUCGUGCCAAGCUGGUCGGGCGGCUGUUUGAGUGUUUAGCAGCGGUGCAGGAGGAGGAUUCGGAGGGUGUGGAGAUCAUGCUGGGAGUUUGUUCCAGCGGCCUCCUCGUUUACAGAGAUAAACUGCGCAUCAAUCGCUUCGCCUGGCCCAAAAUACUCAAGAUCUCCUACAAGAGGAACAACUUCUACAUCAAGGUCCGGCCGGGAGAGCUGGAGCAGUUCGAGAGCACAAUCGGGUUUAAACUCCCCAAUCACAAAGCAGCAAAGAGACUCUGGAAAGUUUGUGUGGAGCAUCACACCUUCUUCAGGCUGGUUUCUCCUGAAGCUCCUCCCAAGCGCUUCCUGUCGUUGGGCUCAAAGUUCCGCUACAGCGGGCGAACGCAAGCACAGACGCGCCGCGCGAGCGCUCAGAUCUCACGGGCGGCGCCGCACUUCCAGCGAUCGGCCAGCAGGCGGCACACCGUCACAGCCAGCAUGGACAGCACGCCAGCGACGGUCAACCAUGACGACGGCAAGAACGACAAACCCGAUGUUGCUACGGAUGACUUCAUCGCCACAGAAACGCCAGAGAAGAAAGCAGAGGAGAUGAACUCCGUGGAGGAGGAGAAUAAAACGAACAGUGAUGAAUCAGAACAAGCCCCGCCCAUCUCUGUCACCAAGUCGUGUCCAUAUUCAUCAGAUCCAUUAGGAUCUGAACUCUCCCUCCCAUCCUCUCCCGUCUCGUCCACCAAAGUCCGCAGGAGACGCAGGGAAAGCAGCCGCAAGCGUGCCGCCUCCGUCAGUCCGGCCAAAACCACCGCGGGCUGCCGGCGCCGUCAGGCCCAAGCCGAUCGUAAAGCCGCCCUGCUGGAGGAGCAAGCUCUUCUUCUCUCUGCCCGUAAGCAGAGGCUGGACCAGAGCCGCAGCAGAGGCGGCACACUCUUCUCCUUCUCGCUCCACCUCCCCGAUCUGUCCUCGCUGCUGGACGAGGACGGUUACCUGAGCUUCCCCGACCUCACCGAGCUGCGCUUCCUCCCCGAAAGCCUGCAUCACUUCAUGCCCAUCAAGUCGCCCUCGCUCAUCCCCUGCUUCCUCUUCAUUUUCUUCUUCCUGCUCUCCACCUCGUUCUCGGUGCCGUACGCCCUCACGCUCUCCUUCCCGCUGGCACUGUGUCUUUGCUAUCUGGAGCCCAAGGCGGCGUCUCUCGGUUCUUCUCUGGCGCAGGGCUUCCAGGACAGUUCAGACGACGAGACAGACAGCGAUCAAACCGACUUCGCUUAUGAUGACGACUCAUCAGCAACCGAGUCUGACUUUGAGGACAACUUUGACAUGAGGACACAGAUGUCAGAGGAGGUUAAAGCCGAACCUGAAGAUGUUCCAGUAAAGCCAGAACAUGAGGCUGAUAGUGAGGAGAGUUCAGUUCCUCCACAGGUGGAGGUGUGCUGUGAGACGGAGCUGGACAGAUCACAAGCGCCCUCUACUGGUGAAAAGGAGAAGUACAUGAAGGCCCUCAAUGAGGCCAUUGCAAUGGGGAGACGCUCCACGUGGGCUUCAGUUAGAGAAGAACCAGCAUCGGACAGCAGAUGCCUUGUUGAAGCUGUGAAACAUCUUCCGCUUCCAACACAAACCUCUAAAGAGAUUCCUGCUGGAAACCACAAAGUUAUCUGCUAUGGAGAAGAUGCCAUCGAUGAAGAUGUACUCCAAAUCUGGGCUCAGAAACACCAAAGUAUUGAGGUUAAAGGUGAAAUCAAGGCAAAUGUAAUGGAAACUCCAUCUGGAGAAGAAACCACCUCGCAAAACCAAGAGAUUCCUGCUGGAAACCAAGAAGUGCUUCAAAUCUGGGAUCAUAAACACCAAAAUUUUGAGUUUGAAGAUGAAAACAAGGAACUUACAAUGGAACAAACCAUCUCUGAAAGCCAAGAGAUUCCUGCUAGAAACCAAAAAGGGAUGUUCCAUGAAGAAGACAAAGACGUGCUCCAAAUCUGGGAUCAGAAACAUCAAAUUAUUGAGUUUGAAGAUGAAAACAAGAAGCCUACAUUGGAAGAAAACCAAGAGAUUCCUGCUAGAAAACAAGAAGUGAUGUGCCAUGAAGAAGACACCAUGGAUGAAGACAAGCGCCAAAUAUGGGAUCAGAAUUACCAAAGUAUUGAGGUUGAAGAUGAAAUCGAGGAAACUUUAAUGGAAACUCCAUCUGAAAAAGAAGAAGCCAACCCGGAAACCCAAGAGAUUCCAAACCAAAAAGUGAUGGACCAUGAAGAAGAUGAAGACAUGCUCCAAAUUUGGGAUCACCAAACUAUUGAGUUUGAAGAUGAAAACAAGGAACUUACAAUGAAAGAAACAACCUCAGAAACCCAAGAGAUUUCUGCUGAAAACCAAAAAGUGAUGUGCCAUGAAAAAGACACCAUGGAUGAAGAUGUGCACCAUAUCUGGGAUCAGAAACACCAAAAUGUUGAGGUUAAAGAUGAAAUCAAGGAAAUUGCAAUGGAAACUCCAUCUAACAAAGAGGAAACCAACUCAGAAUCCCAAGAGAUUCCUGCUGGAAACCAAAAACUGAUGCACCAUAAAGAAGAUAAAGACCUGCUCCAAAUCUGGGAUCAGAAACUCCAAAAUAUUGAGGUUGAAGAUAAAAACAAGGAACUUACAAUGGAAGAAACCACCUUAGAAACCCAUGAGAUUCUUGCUAGAAACCAAGAAGAUCAAGACAUGCUCCAAAUCUGGGAUCAGAAAUGCCAAAAUAUUGAGGUGGAGGAUGGAAUCAAGGAAACUGCAAUGGAAAUUCCAUCUGAAGAAGAAACCAACUCAACUAAAACCCAAGAGAUUCCUGCUAGAAACCAAAACGUGAUGGACCGUGAAGAAGAUGAAGACAUGCUCCAAAUCUUGGAUCAGAAAUGUCAAAUUGUUGAAGUUGAAGGUGAAAUCAAAAAAACUGCAAUGGAAAGUUCAUGUGAAGGAGAAGAAACCAACUUAGAAACCCAAGAGAAUCCUGCUGGAAACCAAGAAGAUGAAGACCUGCUCCAAAUCUGGGAUCAGAAACUCCAAAAUAUUGAGGUUGAAGAUAAAAACAAGGAACUUACAAUGGAAGAAACCACCUUAGAAACCCAUGAGAUUUCUGCUGGAAACCAAGAAGAUCAAGACAUGCUCCAAAUCUGGGAUCAGAAAUGCCAAAAUAUUGAGGUGGAAGAUGAAAUCAAGAAAACUGCAAUGGAAGCUUCAUCUGAAGAAGAAACCAACUCACAAACCCAAGAGAUUCCUGCUAGAAACCAAAACGUGAUGGACCAUGAAGAAGACAAAGACAUGCUCCAAAUCUUGGAUCAGAAAUGUCAAAUUAUUGAAGUUGAAGGUGAAAUCAAAGAAAUCGCAAUGGAAAGGUCAUGUGAAGGAGAAGAAGCCAACUUAGAAACCCAAGAGAAUCCUGCUGGAAACCAAGAAGAUGAAGACCUGCUGCAAAUCUUGGAUCAGAAACACCAAAGUAUUGAGUUUGCAGAUGAAGACAAGGAACCCACAAUGGAAGAAACCCAACAGCGGGAGAACCUGAUGUUGGAGAAUGAGAUGCACCGUAACAACAUUGAAAGUUUUGUUCAAAAAUGUGUUGAGGAAGUGUUUGCAGACUUGUUUAAAUGUUCUCAGCUCUUGUUCUUUAAUAAAGAGGAACCUGUGGAUAAAUCCAUCAAAGUCCAGCCUUAUGGAGAAUUUCCACUUCAUAUGAAGUCUGUAUCAUCAGCUGAGCAGAACCAGAUGGAAGACCAACCUCAAGAUGAAUCAUGUUCUUAUUUAAAUGAGCAGUCAAGGAUUCAAACAUCAGUCCUUACGGAAACAAAAGUGCAUGAGCUGGAGCCUGGACCAGAUGAGAAGGAAGUAGCACAGGAAAUAAAGCAGGAAGUGCACGAACGCAGUGCUUCGCCAGUACCUCACAUGGAGCAGUCGGAGGAAGCGCUUAAAGACGUUCCUGUGGUUCACACCGAGACCAAGACCAUCACAUACGAGUCUUCAGAGGUUGAUGCCGAUGGUGAUUCAGAUCCAGGCGUCCUGAUGAGCGCUCAGACCAUCACAUCAGAGAACAACAGCACCACCACCACCACACACAUCACCAAGACGGUGAAGGACGGCAUUUCAGAGACUCGCAUCGAAAAGAGGAUCGUCAUCACAGGAGAUGCAGACAUCGACCACGAUCAGGCUCUGGCUCAGGCCAUUAAAGAGGCCAAAGAGCAGCACCCAGACAUGUCCGUCACUAAAGUAGUGGUUCAUAAAGAGACUGAGAUUUCAGCUGCCGCAGGUGACGCGUGAAUGGCGCAGGAAUAAGGUCUGAACUUCCCCUUGAUCUCAUCAGCUGAGAACCAGCAUGUGACCUCUGACCUCUGACCUUUGACCUCAGAUAACACGCACAUGAGAUCAUCAAACCAGCUUCACCCUCAUCAAACCAAACCCGCGUUGAGAGGAUGGACUCG